AUGGAUUUUACUCAAAGUGAAAACUCGAACGGUAUUCGUCAUUCGUGGAACAUUCUUCCUGCCAACAGGCUCGAUCAAUCUCGUUGUAUUGUUCCUGUUGGAUCUUUGUAUACUCCAUUGAAGGAAAUACCCAAUCUUGUUACGCUCCCCUACGAACCCGUUGUUUGUAAAACUUGUAGAGGCAUUCUCAACCCAUUCGCUAAAGUAGACUACAGAACUAAAUCAUGGGUGUGUCCGUUGUGUAUGGAUAUGAACAUGUUUCCGCAAGCUUAUAGCGGUAUUACUGAGACUCAACCCCCAGCUGAACUCCAUACUGCUUUUACCACUAUUGAAUACAAACUCGUUCAUAAGCCUCCAGCACCUGCUCCAGUAUUUUUGUUAUUGGUCGAUACUUGCCUUCCCGAAGAUGAGAUGAGAUUCUUGAAAGACUCAAUUUUACAAAGUCUCAAUAUCAUUCCAGAUAACUCACUGGUUGGUUUAAUUACAUAUGGUGCAACUGUUCAAGUUUUUGAAUUAGGAUUUAAGGAAUGCAGCAAGGCUUAUGUUUUUAGAGGAGACAAAGAGACACCAUUCGAACAAGUUCAGGAUCAAUUGGGUUUGAAAUUGGUAGGAGUCCAACAAUUUGGACAAAAUAGAUUGCCCAAUCAACAAAUGCCUUCCAAUGCAACAUCAAAGUUCUUGUGCCCAAUUUCUGAAUGUCCACAAUUGAUGGAUAUUAUUGAAGAGCUUCAACCAGAUCCAUGGCCUGUAAAGAGUGGACGACGUCCUCGUCGUUGUACAGGUGUGGCUCUUUCUGUGGCUACAUCAUUACUCGAGUCCACAUUCAAGGGUUAUGGUGCGAGAAUUAUUAAUUUCAUAGGAGGUCCAUGUACAUUUGGUGACGGCCAGGUUGUUGGAUUGGAUCUAAUUGAACAAAUUAGAUUACACAAUGAUUUGAGAAAUGGAAAGGCCCCUCACUUCAAAAAAGCUACCGAGUUUUACAAGAAAAUUGCUCAACGAUUGGUUCAAAACGGUCACGUUUUAGACAUUUUUGCUGCCAAUCUUGACCAAGUUGGAGUUUUGGAAAUGAAGGCAUGUUGUGAAAAUGCAGGAGGAGUUAUGGUUUUAACUGACACAUUCGACAAUCCAAUAUUUAAGGAAUCAUAUAUGAGAUACUUUGAAACUGAUGCCAAUGAUCAGCUCAAGAUGGCUCUCAAUGCUACUAUAGAAUUACAAUGUUCUAAUGAGGUAAAAAUUUGUGGUGUUAUUGGCCCGGUAACAUCCAUGAAUAGAAAAGGAAACAACGUAACAGAAAAUAUCAUUGGUGAAGGAAAUACCAAUGCAUGGAAGAUCAAUGCCAUUCAUCCAAAUACUACUCUUGCUUUUUAUUUCGACGUUGUUAACCAACAAAAUCCAGCUAGCAUGAAUACUCCAGCUAUUAGAUGUUUCCAAUAUAUCACUGCAUAUCAACAUCCUUCAGGUGAAUAUAGAUUAAGAGUUACAACUCAAGCUUUGGGAUGCGCUCAACCAAAUAGAUUUGAUGAGAUUGCUCAAGGGUUUGACCAAGAGGCAGCAACUGCUUUGGUUGCCAGAUUAUCUGUGUUUAAGGCAGAGUCAGAGUAUUUGUUUGACGUAUUGAGAUGGUUGGACAGAUCUCUUAUCAAAUUGGUAUCAAAAUUUGGAUCUUAUCAACCAAACGAUCCAAAUUCUUUGAUUCUUUCUCCACAAUUUUCAAUUUUCCCUCAAUUCCUUUACCAUUUGAGAAGAAGUCAAUUUUUAAGAGUUUUCAACAGCAGUCCAGAUGAAACUGCUUGGUUUAGAUUAAUUUUGAAUAGAGAAACAACCACCAACUCUAUCACAAUGAUUCAACCUACUUUGUACUCUUACUCAUUUACUGAGCCUCCUCACCCUGUUGAAUUGGACUCUAACUCUGUUAAACCAGAUGUCAUCCUUCUUUUAGAUACAUUCUUUGCUGUAUUAAUUCACUAUGGAGAGACCAUUGCUUCAUGGAGAGAGGCUGGUUAUCAUACUCAACCAAAAUAUGAAAACUUUGCCAAGUUGUUAGAACUACCAAAGGAAGAUGCCAAGCUUAUUAUCAAAGAUCGUUUUCCAUAUCCAAGAUAUAUCGAGUGCGAUCAAGGAUCAAGUCAAGCUAGAUUCCUUAUUGCUAAAAUCAAUCCUUCUACAACUCACAAGGAUCAAGCCUAUGGACAAAAUAGCACUGUUGUAUUAACAGAUGAUGCUGCCAUGCAGGCUAAAUUUAUUCUUCAUCAGCAACAAAAAAUCUCUACAGGCGUUAUAAUUGUGAUGGCAUGUGUCGGAACAACAUCUGCAUCUACAAACAUCAGAGUUUGUGUGAGAUGUAGACCAUUCAUUGCUAAUGAAUUGAAAGACAACUCCUGCCCAAAGACUCUUCCAUUUAAUAUUGAGGCAAAAUCUAUCGAAAUUCCGAAUAUUGAUCCAACUCAAACCAAAGUUUUCCCCUUUGAUUUUGUUUUUGAUGAGAAAUCCGAAAACAACGAUCUUUACAGAGAAAUGAUUUCCGACAUGAUUCCGUCUGUUGUAAAUGGAGUAAACGUUACCACCUUUGCCUACGGUCAAACAUCAUCAGGAAAGACCUAUACCAUGAGGGGAGGAGAAGAAAAUCCAGGUUUAAUUAGGCUAGCGAUUAGAGAGAUUUUCAACCAAAUUAAAAAUUCAGAAUGCGAAAACAGAACAUUCCUUAUUAGAGUAUCUUACUUGGAAAUUUACAACGAAAAGGUGAGAGAUCUUCUCUCUCCCGAACAAAGAUUUAUCAACAUUUUUGUUGACAAAAACAAAAACUUAUCAUUUGAUCAUCUUACUGAAGAAAUUGUUAGAAGUGAAAACGAAGCAAUGGAUGUUCUUGCACGAGGCUCAUCUCAUGUAAUCAUAGCAAAAACGGUUGCGAACGAUGCGUCAUCCAGAUCUCACACAAUUUUUAGAAUGAUAGUGGAAAGAAAAGAUGAAAUCGCUUUGGAUAAUUCAACUACUGCCCAAACAAAAAAGCUCAACCCCAAGCAGAUUUUGAGAAUUGGAACUUUAACUCUUGUUGAUUUGGCAGGAUCAGAAAAUGCCAGCCUUCAAGUUGAUGACAACAGAAAACGUGAGGGUCAGAACAUUAAUCUUAGUCUGCUGCAUUUAAAGGAAAUAAUAUCAAAACUUGCGAAUGGAGAAAAAGUAUCUUCCUUUCGUAAUUCAAAGCUCACUCGUAUUUUAGGAGAUAGUUUAUCUGGAAAUGCAAGAGUUGCAGUAAUUUGCUGCAUAUCACCAGAGGAAGCCAAAUUCAGAGAAACCAAAAGGACGCUUGAAUUUGGAUCGAAUGCCAGACGAAUAGUGAUAAAACCUACGGUAAAUAGCGAAUGUGACAAUGCUCUCAUUAUGAAAUAUCAAACCGAGCUGGAAUCGCUGCAAAAUGAGCUCGCAUUGUUGAGAGAGAAAUUAAAGAACCAAAAAGAUGACGUUGACAAGGAAGAAACUGAAGAAGAGGUUAAGAAUUUAGAGAACGUUGUGAAAGAAUUAACAGACUCAAUGAUUACAAACAAAUCCCUUCUCAUUAAAUUGGAGGAUGUGGAGAAAGAAAAACGUGAUAGAGAUGCCAAAAUAAUUGAGAUCGAAAAAGAAAAACAAAGGCUGGAGCUCAUGUUAAAAUUAGAAGAAGAAAAACAGAGGAUUCAAGAGGAAGAAUCAAGAAACAAAGAUCAAGUACUGCUUCAGCUUCAACAAGAAACGUUGGCUAUGAAUAUUAGGCUCGAAGAAAUAUCUUUAUCUAAAAAAGAAUGGGAGUCCCAAUCGCAACGAAAGGAAAUACAAAUCAAAGAGCUCAUGGAUUAUAAUAGAAUUAUUGAAGAAAAGAUGAUCAACGAAGAAAACUCGAGAAAAAAAGCAGAACAUUUGGUUCAAGAUCAAAUUGCUCAAAUAGAGCUGUUUAAGCAAAAGAAUGAAUUGAUAGCUAAUGAAUAUGCUAAAGAAAAGAAAGCAAAAGAAGAGGCCUGUAACUUGGUUCAAGAAAAGCUCCAUGAGAUGCAGAACAUCCAACAUUUACUGCGAGAAAGUGAGAACGAAAAAGCCAAUUAUGAAUCACAGUUAAAAAUUCUUAAUGACAACAUGUCAACCAUGUACAGUAUGUGGAAGGAAGACUUUGAAAAUGAGAUGCGCUUGAAGGACAAAGAAAAAAGUCAAUUGGACGAACAAAUAGCUCGCUUAACCCGCAUCUUUGAUGAAAAAGAGUUAGAAAUUCGUGAACUGCAGGAACAGCUCAAAACUUCUCAAUUAUUGCAACAAAAUAUUUUAAGUUUUGAAAGAGAAGCACAACUUUACAAGAAACUACUUCAAGAGAGUGAAAAUGAAAAAGAGAUGAUAAAGAAAAAAUCACUCGAAUCAUUUAAAGAGAACUUGGAGCUGAAGAAGAUGGUUUCUUCUCUCGAAAAAGAGUUGCAGAUGCUUAAGGGUAGAAGAAAUGAUUUGUAUCAACCUCAACAAUCGAAUUCUUCAGAAUCAGCACACUUUGGAAGAUCAAGACCUACUUCACCUGUUGUGGCUCAUAAUUUUCCCUCCUCUGUUCAAGGCGACCAGUCGUGCGGUACCAUUGAGCCACCAUCAUCUCUUUCUAAUAAGCAAUACGAAGGUGACAUGGUAUUCAAUCUCUAUGGCUACAAUACCACACCAUCACAGAAUUACCAACCAAAUCCAUACAACCAGGCAUAUCAACAACCUGCUGCUGGCAACUCUCAGAAUAAUCCCUUCAAUCAUUCCAUUCACGGAAUGAGAGAUGAUAGCUACCAACCCAUUCAUCACAAUCCUUAUGAAUCUCAUCAAUUUUAUCCUCCAACAAAUCCAAGCUAUGGAAGUAACAGUUCCAACCAACUUUCAUUUACCAGCAAUGGCGAAAAUCAAACCUACAGCAUAUACAACGGACCAAACGUUUCGGCUAACUCUAGAAGGCCUUCUCCGCUCACCAACAGGUCUGCUCUUUCUAUGCCUCAACAAGACUUACCAAGUACGAAUGCCAUAUCAGGAAGGGCUAGACCCAAAUUGUUUCAUCAACAAAGCCACCAAUCUCAACCCCAGACCCAAGCUAAGGUCAUAAUGGCUUCAAGUCCUCAAACAAGUAAUCAACCAAUAAGAAACCCUUCACCCAGCCGGAUUAUCAGAAUAACAGGAGAAAGAGCUUCUCCUAAAGAAACAGCUGCCUCCGAAGAAAGUUCGUCAUUCGUAGAGCCAGAACAGGAAAAGGUGAAAUUGAAAAAAAGAAGAUCUUCAUUGAGCAAUCUGUUCGGUUUGUUUAAAAGCGAGGACAAAGCUAACUUGUUAAAGUAG